GGCGCGCAGGGAUUUGGGGGCAAAGCGCGGCCCCGAGAGCAGCUGCGGCGGGAGAGCGGCGGGCCGAGAGCGUGACUCGCCCGCCCGGCGCUGCUGCUGCCCCGCCGCCCGCCGCGCGCAGCCAUGUCCGAGGAGAAGCCCAAGGAGGGGGUGAAGACGGAGAAUGACCACAUCAACCUGAAGGUGGCCGGGCAGGACGGCUCCGUGGUCCAGUUCAAGAUCAAGAGACACACGCCGCUCAGCAAGCUGAUGAAGGCCUACUGCGAGCGCCAGGGCUUGUCGAUGAGGCAGAUUCGGUUCAGGUUUGACGGACAGCCGAUCAAUGAAGCAGACACCCCAGCACAGCUGGAGAUGGAGGACGAGGACACCAUCGACGUGUUCCAGCAGCAGACGGGGGGCUCGAGGCGGGCCGGCUGCCUCUCGGGGUGCCGCCUCUAGAGGGACUGUCCCCGGGUCACCGCGCCUGGUUGCUGUUGAAUGGUGAAGCGUGACCACGCCGACCAGGAAGGAGGCUGCAGACACCCGGGGACCUUCAGCCAAGGGCUCUCCUCGGUGACACGCGUCGAGCGCGGCUCCGCUCGCCCGUCUCGGCGGGUACCUUUGUUCGGGUAAAAUGCAGCGCCAGGGCUUUGGGGUUGGCUUUUCCUUUCAUUUUUGGUUUUUCUUCCUCUGAUACCGUUUCCUUCAAACCCGAGGCCUGACCGUCCACCCCGGGCGCCGGCCCCUUGUCCCAAUCAUGCAGCGAGCUCCCCGCCCGCCCCGGCUGCGCUGCGCCUGGGGCCGCGCUUCGGGGGCACAGCUGGGGUGGGAGACAGACGCCUUUCUUGUGAGCACAGGACUUUUCAAUGCUAAAUGUUACACAGGGAAGCUUUGACAGAAUAGAGUCGAGUUGCAGGGGAAACACUGGAAUGUUUCUUAAAAGGUAAGAAGUUUUUCAGGGACGUGGCCCCGGGGGGCCUGGGGCCCAGGCCCCACCACGGCCCACCGCCCACGGCCCAGCGCCGCUGCCCGGGCACAGCUUGGUGCAGAGAAAAUUGGCUUUCCCCCUUUUCUGAGUUAGAAGGAAGUCAUUCCCACAUUUCUCACGGGUCAUAGUGCCAGGGCCUCAGAUUUCUUCUGGUGUUUUCUUCUGAUGAGUAAUGAUGGUCUGUACAUAAAAAGGAAGAUGAACAUCGCUGGGUUUGCGGUUGGGUUUUUGCGUAAAGGAGCCGCUUCCAAGGGCGGCCGCAGGCGAAGACGCCGCGGGGGCCUGGCGGCUGCGCCCCGCUCGCCCGGUCGGUGUGCAGCGUGCGCUCUGAGCUCAGCAGCUGGGGUGGGCCCCGUCCUGCUGGGACGGUCCUCCCGGCCUUCCGUGCGGACCCGCUGCUGCCCGCCGGCCCGGGCCUCCGCUGCCCGUCGGGUCCCCCGGCCGCCGCCGCCCCCGCCGCCUCUCGCUUGCCCGCCGUCUUGCUGAAGGUGUCUGCGUCCCCUUGGCGUUUUGCUCUUCGGGCGCCAGGGGGAUGUCUCCGCCCCCGUUUGUCCAUCUCUCGUGUCCCUCACCACUGUCGCAGUAAAUACAGUUUGGGAUUCUGUCGUG